UCCACACUUCCGCGUUCACUUCCACCAACUCCAAACACAACGCGUAUCGACGCUUUUGGUGUGAAUCAUUGAUUUGCACAUCCUGACCCCCGGAUUUAGCGGGGCUGUGGACUUUUUGGGUGUGGUAGGACAAAGGCAGAACGUGUAGAAGGGCACGAGGAGAGAUCUUCGGGCUGUAACGUGAAAUUCAAGGAACCCAGGUGGCCGUCAUCGCAGACGUCACGACAGGAGUCCAUUCAGGCAGUCUGGUAACGGCGACAGCUACAGCGAAUCCGACUCCGAAUCCUACAGUGGAUCAGGAUCUGAUUCUGGUAGCAGAUCUCCGAGCCCACAUUCUAAGCGAUCACACCAGAAAGGAGCAGGAAGUGAUCUGUUGAAGAUCGGUUCUAAGAUCAAGUUUGGUAAGAAGUUGAAAGCUCUCGGUUCAGAACUUGAAGACAAGCUCAAUUUGAACAAACUCGUCCCUCCUGAGCUUGAGAACAAAGUCAGGAAGCAGCUAAACAAGCACAAGUUAAAGCGGGAGGAUUCGGACGAAGAGGAAGCGAAAAGAGAGCAACACAGACAGAGAGGCGAGAGAAGACGUGACCGUGGACACAGGAGACAGUUUGAACAGGAACAGUGGAGAGACAGAAACUCUGCCAGACGUCUGACAGGCCCAGAACAUCACAUCUACGACCCAGACUUUCUACAGAAUCCCGAGGAAGAGUUGGAAAACACCUGGGUACAGAACAACAUGGUGUUCGGUCCGACAAUCAAGUAUUACAAGGGGCAGAACUACUCUGACCUGAAGAAGGAAUGUGAAGAGAAAGGUCAACUCUUCACGGAUCCCGAGUUCCCUGCUGCAGAGGAGUCUCUGUGGUUCAACCAGGCCAUCCCCGCUCGGAUAGAAUGGAAGAGGCCAAGAGAGCUGUGCGACAACCCCCGCCUGUUUGUUGAAGGCGUGUCCUCAAACGACCUGAACCAGGGGCAGCUGGGAAAUUGCUGGUUUGUGGCUGCCGUGGCCAGCCUCACUCUGGAGAAGGAUCUAUGGAAGGAGGUCAUCCCAGACUACAAGGAGCAAGAGUGGGACACUGAGCACCCCGAGAACUACCAGGGCAUCUUCCGCUUCCGUUUCUGGCGCUUUGGCACCUGGACGGAGGUCGUGGUGGAUGACCUCCUGCCCACCAUCAAUGGUCAGCUGGUCUACAACAGGUCCAAGGACCAGAACGAGCUGUGGAGCUCACUGCUGGAGAAGGCUUAUGCCAAGCUUGCAGGUUGUUAUGAAGCCCUACAGGGUGGAAACACACUGGACGCCCUGGUGGAUUUCACAGGGGGGGUGGCCGAGCCCAUCGCUCUCGACAAGGGGGGGUACCGGGAGGAUGAGGAGAAGAAGGAGAAACUCUUCAAGGUCAUGCACAAGGCCGCAGAGAGAGGAUCGCUUCUCACCUGCAGUAUCAGGGUGACCUCUAGAGAUGAGAUGGAGGCAAGUACAGAGUCGGGCCUGGUCAAAGGUCAUGCCUACAGCGUCACAGCUGUCAAGAAAGUCAAGGUCGGGGAGUCGGGCAUGCUGAGCGGCAUCCUGGGUAACCAGGAGAAGAUCUACAUGAUCAGGAUGAGGAACCCCUGGGGGCAGAAGGAGUGGAGAGGGCCAUGGAGUGAUGAUUCUCCUGAGUGGCAGCAAGUCAGCAGUUCUGAGAAGGAGAAGCUUGGGCUGGUCAAAGAGGAUGAUGGCGAGUUCUGGAUGUGUUUUGACGACUGGAUCACCCAUUUCACGGACGCGGGAAUCUGUCGCCUGAUCAACACAUCCCUCCUCAGCAUCCACAAGACCUGGGUGGAGUCCCGCGUGUUCUCACGCUGGCGGAGCGCGCCCGGAGACCCCACCCAUAACCGCGCCGGCGGCUGUAUGAACAACAGGGACACCUAUCUACAGAACCCACAGUUUACGUUCGACGUUGUGCCGAAAAAGAGCACCCAGAAGACCAAGAAGGUUCUGUUUGAUGUUGACAAGGAUGAGGACACAGUACUGAUCUCCCUGUCUCAGCCGGACACACGGCAGACUCGUAAGGAAACGGGAGGGAAACAGGGGAACCUGACCAUGGGCUUCGCUGUCUACAGGGUUGAGUUGAACAGGAAGUAUCGUCUCCACACCAUGAAGGAAAAGGUGGCUGACUCCAUCUACAUCAACACCCGCAGUAACUUUGUCCGUACGGAGCUGCGCCGCGGGCGCUACGUCGUCAUCCCCACAACGUUCGACAAGAACGAGGAGGGAGACAUGAUGCUGAGGAUCUUCACUGACACUGACAACAACUGCAAGGAGUUGCAUAAGGACCAGCCCACUGCCUCCUGUUUCUCAGGAAUCCUGGGAUACCCGCAGGCUGUGACAAGUGUCCAUCUCCACUCAGCUACAGGGCUCUCUAAGAAACAGGGAACUUUUUCCCUCAAGAAAACGGACACAUAUGCAGUCAUCAAGUCAGGCAGCAAGUCAGCAAAGACAAGGGUAAUUGAGGACAGCAGCAGCCCUGAGUAUGAUGAAGAAGCUAUCUUCUACCGUAAGGACCCCAGAAACCCCAUCAAGAUCCAGAUUUGGAAGAAGGACCUGAUCAGGGAUGACCUGCUGGGUGAAGCGACCAUGAUGUGUGAGGUCAACAACUCCACCAAGCAGCACGUGGUGCAACUGCAGGACAAGGAUGGGGGAGGGGAUGUGCAUGGGAGCAUCAGUGUCUCCGUCACCAGUCAUGAUGAUCUCACCGCAAUCUAGAUACCCUGUCUAGAAGUAGCUAAUUGCUAGCAUACUGAAAUGAUGUAGUGAGAUAGAAUACAUCCACCUUUUAACUAUUAACCUGGACCACUCACAAAAUGUAGUUUAAAGCUACUUUCUAAGACUUGUUAUACAGUGUGUGUUUUUCUAUACUGGAAAAAAUGCAGAUUUUACCUUUUAGCCGUACACUGUUAUCUAAGAUUGUGUUCUUUUUCUUGCUGCCUACCGGUAGAUUGUAUUUAGCCUAGUCUUGUGUAUUAUUACUAGCUGGUAUGUCAAGCAUUAUUGACAUUUUCAUCUUUUAUCUUUUAAAAUUUUGUUGUUGUUAGUUGUACAUGUUGGCAUAUUUUGCCACUUUUGUCAUGUUUUUAAAAUCUGUCACACCUGUAAAACAUGUGGUUGUGCACUUGUUGCAAAAAUUCUUCCCCCAGCUUCGAAGAAUUUGGCAAGAUAAAAUGAAAUCACUGAUCUCUACUUGAUUAUGCAAGCCCCAAAAGAUAACCAGUCUUAAUAUAAGCAAUAUGACUUUCAACUACAAUGUAUUCUAUAAUUGGACAAUAGUGCUCAGAAAACCUUGCAGUCUUUCACUUCUGCCGCUUAAACCAAAGCUAUAUUUGUUUGUGAUUCCAAAGAUGUCUAUGAAAGCAGAAAUGGAAUGGAGUUGUGUAUGUGAAAAUGUGUAUGUAAAAAUGUGUGUUGCUUUGACAUUUUUUUCUUCAUUUAUGGAGAGAAAUGAUUGUUUUAUCAAAAAGACCUCAAUCAUGAAUGCCUGCAAAAUUUAACUUAAUAUUUGUUUAAAUUCCUUUUAGAAAAUUGAUUUGGCUACAUGACCCAAACUGGUGUGAUGCAGAAAAAUGUUGCAAAAGUCUCUCCUCUGUAAAAACACUCAGUCUGACUUUUAGUUCAUUGAUGGAACUUUAAGACUUAAUGCAGCGGAAAUGAUAAUGCAUGUGCAUGUAACUA